AUGAGAACACUGUUUCGUUAUCAUAGCUUACGACAACUGGUAUUGCUAUCACAAGUACGACGGGGCCUCCCAAUACUACUACGACAACCACUACUACCACCAGCACAGCAAGUAAGAAAGACGCUAUGCCGUCUCUGUUCCAUUCUUUCACUAUGGUUAUGUUUACUUUUAGCCACCACCAGUGUUACCGUUAUUACUACUAGUCAGCUGGUUACUGAUAUGACGGUUAUAACACCACAAGAUUUCGAAGCAGCCUGUCAACAACCUGUAGCAAUCGUUACAACUCUGAUGUUUGUUGCUAUGGUACCCGUACACAUCGUUGGAUUGUUCGCAUUGCUUACAAAAGUGAACAAAACGUUCAAUCCAAACUUUGUGAAAGCGAAAUUGAGACACAAUGAACGAAUAAGACGUUUAGCUAGAGGAGGAAAACAAUGA